AAAUAUGUCCACCAGUACCAAUGGAUAUGAAUGUACCUGUGUUACCGCCGCCUAUGGGAGUUGAAUGCCCAUCCGUGUUGACUUUAGGCUGUGGGGUCGGGUACUUGGUGGAGAUAGCAUGCUCAAACCCAAACACUUUCACAAUUAAUGACUUAUAUUGCAUAGAAGACCCCAAUUUCGUCACUGAUCCACCACAACCACCACCUUGCCCAACCGCUUCAUCAAGUACCGGUACGACGGACACAGCUUCAUCAAGUACCGGUACGACGGACACAGUAUUGAUAGUAGUGAUUGUGCUAUUGGCGGUAGUUCUUCUACUCAGUUGGGCCGGUUUUCUGCUACUCUGGCAUAGAAAAAGGAAACCACCUGCUACGUUGAAAAAGGAAGCUGGAAACCACUACACGCCAACCCCGAAAAAACCCGCUAAAGAGAAAAAGAAAAAAGAGAAAAUGAGCAUGAGUGCAAGGCCUCCCUUGCCAAACCCAAGACCAAGACCAACCAAUGGCGAAGCAGCACAGACGCAGGCGGAAUACGAUUAUAUCGACCCAUCAACUAUUGGAGAUGACGAUCCUAAUGCUUAUUUGGAGAUGGUAGAAUGAGGCGGAGUAUGUAUGACUUAGCGGUCAUGAUCAUCGAUAGGUGGUACGGAGAUGAAAUAUUGGACAUGUCAUCUUUUUAUAGCAGAAAAUCAUAAAGAGGCCUAUAGACAGCACAUUGGUUUCUUGGACACUAGUUUGUCUAUCAUUGGGGGAAGAAGUGUGGUACAACUUUCGCAGGCCAAGCAUGAAGUUAUAUUCCUGUGUUGUUCUCAAGGAGUGCUGUAUUUCAUCUCUGUAUUGUUUUAAUCGCUUUUCCUUUUUAAUAAAAAUGAUAAGAGGUAUAUAUUUAAAAUAAACUGAGGCAUAUAAUUUAGUUUUACCAUGGAGGAAAGAAGCACUGGUGGUUUCUACUGGCUUCCUGUUUGUAGUAUUUCAAAUGUUAGACUAUUGAUUGUAGGAUGUGUUAUGUUUGUUUUUAAGUCGAAAAAUCGUAUUAUUAUUAUUAUUAUUAUUAUUAUUAUUAUUAUUAUUAUUAUUAAUUAUCAAAAUAUAAGAAGUAAAAGCCUGCGGUCCUUUUUCGUUUCUUUUUUUUUUCGUUCAAAUUGAACAAUUUAUCAUUCAAUGCCUAUCCAUAUUUAUAUAAGUCCCUUUCUUUGUGUAUACGAUUAUAAUAAAUAAUAUUAUUAUUAUAAGGAAAAAACAUCUAAGUCGUUUAUAUACUGUGUUUGAUAUUUGGACCUUGCUCGUAGAGGGUAGACGGUAAUAAUAAAUGCUCAUCAAUUCAAAUACGGGUAAAAACCAGAACAAUUAAAUUUUAACUUAUUUACGAAAUUCUCUCAAUCACCAACCAAUUACUUAAAGAAAUUUGAACGGUAUAUUUAUGCGUCUGUUAAUUUAACCCGAAAGUUUCUGUUUUUACUUUUUUAAAGAAUUUGCGUAACUAACAUUGAACGCUUAUUACCUCAACUCUUUAUAGUUUUAAACCAAACAACACGCACAAAGUUCACAUAGGCAUUCUAUUCUAUAAUCAGGGAAAAUUCAUCAUUGUGAUAAAAUCGUAAAUCAUAGUAUUGUUUGUAUUACUGAAUGAUCGAUGUAUAUUUUUAAAAUAAAGUGAUGUGAACAUUAA